GCGGGGCUUCAGAGUCCCGGGCAGCCCGCGCGCUCUGCAGGAGCUGCCGCCGCCCGCGCCUCCGCGGUCUCGCCGCUUCUUCAGCAGAGACCCGGGCUCGGCCGCCAUGUCCGCCACGGAGGAGGUUGACGGGCUGGGCGUGGCCCGGCCGCACUAUGGCUCUGUCCUGGAUAAUGAGAGACUCACUGCGGAGGAGAUGGAUGAAAGAAGACGUCAGAACGUGGCUUAUGAGUACCUUUGUCAUUUGGAAGAAGCCAAGAGGUGGAUGGAAGCAUGCCUUGGGGAAGAUCUGCCUCCUACCACAGAACUGGAGGAGGGACUUAGAAAUGGGGUCUACCUUGCCAAACUAGGAAACUUCUUCUCUCCCAAAGUGGUGUCCCUGAAGAAAAUCUAUGAUCGAGAGCAGACCAGAUACAAGGCAACUGGCCUCCACUUCAGACACACUGAUAAUGUGAUUCAGUGGUUGAAUGCCAUGGAUGAGAUUGGAUUGCCUAAGAUUUUUUACCCAGAAACUACAGAUAUCUAUGAUCGAAAGAACAUGCCAAGAUGUAUCUAUUGUAUCCAUGCGCUCAGUUUGUACCUGUUCAAACUUGGCCUGGCUCCUCAGAUUCAAGACCUCUAUGGAAAGGUUGACUUCACAGAGGAAGAAAUUAACAACAUGAAGAUUGAACUGGAGAAGUAUGGGAUCCAGAUGCCUGCCUUCAGCAAGAUUGGGGGCAUCCUGGCUAAUGAACUCUCAGUGGAUGAAGCUGCAUUACAUGCGGCUGUUAUUGCUAUUAACGAAGCUGUUGACCGUAGAAUUCCAGCUGACACGUUUGCAGCUUUGAAAAACCCCAAUGCCAUGCUUAUAAAUCUUGAAGAACCCUUGGCUUCCACCUACCAGGAUGUGCUUUACCAGGCCAAGCAGGACAAAAUGACAAAUGCUAAGAACAAGACAGAUAACUCUGAAAGAGAAAGGGAUGUUUAUGAGGAGCUGCUCACUCAAGCUGAAAUUCAAGGCAAUAUAAACAAAGUCAACACAUUUUCUGCAUUAGCAAAUGUAGACCUGGCUUUGCAGCAGGGAGCUGCCCUGGCCUUGUUCAAGGUUCUGCAGUCGCCGGCUCUGGGCCUCCAAGCACUGCAGCAGCAGAACAGUGACUGGUACCUCAAGCAGCUGCAGAGUGAUCGACAGCAGAAGAGACAGGGUGGUCAGGCUGAUCCCCUGCAGAAGGAGGAGCUACAGUCUGGAGUGGAUGCUGCCAAUAGUGCUGCCCAGCAAUAUCAGAGAAGACUGGCAGCAGUGGCGGCAAUCAAUGCCGCAAUCCAGAAGGGUGUUGCUGAGAAGACUGUUCUGGAAUUAAUGAAUCCUGAGGCCCAGCUGCCCCCGGUGUAUCCGUUUGCUGCUGAUCUUUAUCAGAAAGAGCUGGCUACCCUGCAGCAACAGAGUCCUGAGCACAGCCUCACCCAUCCUGAGCUCUCUGUGGCCGUUGAGAUGUUGUCAUCGGUGGCUCUCAUCAACAGGGCGCUGGAGUCAGGGGACAUGAAUACAGUGUGGAAACAGCUGAGCAGUUCAGUUACAGGCCUUACCAAUAUUGAGGAAGAGAACUGCCAGAGGUAUCUCGAUGAGCUGAUGAAGCUGAAAGCUCAGGCACAUGCAGAAAAUAAUGAAUUCGUUUCAUGGAAUGACAUCCAAGCCUGUGUGGACCAUGUGAAUCUGGUGGUGCAGGAGGAACAUGAGAGGAUUUUAGCCAUUGGUUUAAUUAAUGAAGCCCUGGACGAAGGGGAUGCCCAGAAGACUCUGCAGGCCCUGCAGAUUCCUGCGGCUAAACUUGAGGGGGUCCUUGCAGAAGUGGCCCAGCAUUACCAAGACACACUGAUCAGAGCCAAGAGAGAGAAGGCCCAGGAAACCGAGGAUGAGUCAGCUGUGUUAUGGCUGGAUGAAAUCCAAGGCGGAAUCUGGCAGUCUAACAAAGACACCCAGGAGGCACAGAAAUUUGCCUUAGGAAUUUUUGCCAUCAAUGAGGCAGUAGAUAGUGGCGAUGUUGGCAAAACACUGGGUGCCCUUCGUUCCCCUGAUGUCGGCUUGUAUGGCGUCAUCCCCGAAUGUGGUGAAACUUACCAGAGUGACCUUGCUGAAGCCAAGAAGAAAAAACUGGCAGCAGGAGAUAAUAACAGCAAGUGGGUGAAGCACUGGGUGAAAGGUGGAUAUUAUUACUACCACAAUCUGGAGACCCAGCAAGGGGGAUGGGAUGAACCCCCAGACUUCGUGCAAAAUUCUGUGCAACUUUCUCGGGAGGAGAUCCAGAGCUCCAUCUCCGGGGUGACUGCUGCAUAUAACCGGGAACAGCUUUGGCUGGCCAAUGAAGGCUUGAUCACCAAGCUGCAGGCUUGUUGUCGUGGAUACUUAGUCCGACAGGAAUUCCGAGCCAGGAUGAAUUUCCUGAAGAAACAAAUCCCUGCCAUCACCUGCAUUCAGGUAUUUCAGAGCUUCCCCUCCUCGCAGUGGUGGCUAGAAACCGAGGAUGAGUCAGCUGUGUUAUGGCUGGAUGAAAUCCAAGGCGGAAUCUGGCAGUCUAACAAAGACACCCAGGAGGCACAGAAAUUUGCCUUAGGAAUUUUUGCCAUCAAUGAGGCAGUAGAUAGUGGCGAUGUUGGCAAAACACUGGGUGCCCUUCGUUCCCCUGAUGUCGGCUUGUAUGGCGUCAUCCCCGAAUGUGGUGAAACUUACCAGAGUGACCUUGCUGAAGCCAAGAAGAAAAAACUGGCAGCAGGAGAUAAUAACAGCAAGUGGGUGAAGCACUGGGUGAAAGGUGGAUAUUAUUACUACCACAAUCUGGAGACCCAGCAAGGGGGAUGGGAUGAACCCCCAGACUUCGUGCAAAAUUCUGUGCAACUUUCUCGGGAGGAGAUCCAGAGCUCCAUCUCCGGGGUGACUGCUGCAUAUAACCGGGAACAGCUUUGGCUGGCCAAUGAAGGCUUGAUCACCAAGCUGCAGGCUUGUUGUCGUGGAUACUUAGUCCGACAGGAAUUCCGAGCCAGGAUGAAUUUCCUGAAGAAACAAAUCCCUGCCAUCACCUGCAUUCAGUCGCAGUGGAGAGGAUACAAGCAGAAGAAGGCAUAUCAGGACCGUUUAGCUUACCUGCGCUCCCAUAAGGAUGAAGUUGUAAAGAUUCAGUCCCUGGCAAGGAUGCAUCAAGCUAGAAAGCGCUAUAGAGAUCGCCUGCAGUACUUCCGAGACCACAUAAAUGACAUUAUCAAAAUCCAGGCUUUUAUUCGGGCAAACAAAGCUCGUGAUGACUACAAGACUCUGAUCAAUGCUGAGGACCCUCCCAUGAUUGUGGUCCGAAAAUUUGUCCACCUGCUUGACCAAAGUGACCAGGAUUUUCAGGAAGAGAUUGAUCUUAUGAAGAUGCGGGAAGAAGUCAUUACCCUCAUUCGUUCAAAUCAGCAGCUGGAAAAUGACCUCAAUCUGAUGGAUAUCAAAAUUGGACUGCUAGUGAAAAAUAAAAUUACAUUGCAGGAUGUGGUUUCCCACAGUAAAAAGCUUACCAAAAAAAAUAAGGAACAGUUGUCUGAUAUGAUGAUGAUAAAUAAACAGAAGGGAGGUCUCAAGGCUUUAAGCAAGGAGAAGAGAGAGAAAUUGGAAGCGUAUCAGCACCUGUUUUAUCUACUGCAGAUUGUUGGAAACUUGCUUUACUAUCGAUACAUGAAUCCAGCCAUUGUUGCUCCGGACGCCUUUGACAUCAUUGACCUGUCAGCAGGAGGCCAGCUUACCACAGACCAGCGCCGAAAUCUUGGCUCCAUUGCAAAGAUGCUCCAGCAUGCAGCUUCCAAUAAGAUGUUUCUGGGAGAUAAUGCUCACUUAAGCAUCAUUAAUGAAUAUCUUUCCCAGUCCUACCAGAAAUUCAGCAAACUACCCUAUGACGUGACCCCUGAGCAGGCUCUGGCUCAUGAAGAAGUCAAGACACGGCUGGACAACUCCAUCAGGAACAUGCGGGCCGUGACGGACAAGUUCCUGUCAGCCAUCAUCAGCUCUGUGGACAAAAUCCCGUACGGGAUGCGCUUCAUUGCCAAGGUGCUGAAGGACUCGCUGCACGAGAAGUUCCCUGACGCUGGUGAGGAUGAGCUUCUGAAGGGUCGGCUUGGCAGUUCUUCAGUCGUAGGAGCUUUGUUACCCACCUUCGUGCUCGGCAUGGUGGGUGGGGACGGGGCUCCUGGGUGGCGUGUGUGCAUGGAAUUGAUCCCUGGGUGUCUGGUGCAGCUCCUGUUAGAUCACCAGGAUGCCAUCGCUCCGGAGCACAAUGAUCCGAUCCAUGAACUGCUGGAUGACCUUGGCGAGGUGCCCACCAUCGAGUCCCUGAUAGGAGAAAGCUCUGGCAAUUUAAGUGAUGCAAAUAAGGAGGCACUGGCGAAGACAGAAGUAUCCCUCACGUUGACCAACAAGUUUGAUGUGCCCGGAGAUGAAAAUGCAGAAAUGGAUGCUCGGACUAUCUUGCUGAACACGAAACGUCUAAUUGUGGAUGUCAUCAGGUUCCAGCCAGGAGAGACCUUGACAGAAAUCCUGGAAACACCAGCCACUAGCGAACAGGAAGCAGAGCAUCAGAGGGCCAUGCAAAGGCGUGCUAUCCGGGAUGCCAAAACUCCUGACAAGAUGAAAAAGUCCAAAUCUGUAAAGGAAGACAGCAACCUUAGUCUUCAGGAGAAGAAGGAGAAGAUCCAGUUGGGCUUGAAGAAGCUAACAGAGCUCGGGACGGUGGACCCAAAGAACAGAUACCAGGAGCUGAUCAACGACAUUGCCAGGGAUAUUCGGAAUCAGCGGAGAUACCGGCAGAGAAGAAAGGCUGAACUGGUGAAAUUGCAACAAACGUACGCUGCUCUGAACUCCAAGUCCACGUUUUAUGGAGAGCAGGUGGAUUACUAUAAAAGCUACAUCAAAACCUGCUUGGACAACUUAGCCAGCAGGGGCAAGGUCUCCAAAAAGCCUAGGGAAAUGAAAGGAAAGAAAAGCAAAAAGAUUUCUCUGAAAUACACAGCAGCAAGACUGCAUGAAAAAGGAGUUCUUCUGGAAAUUGAAGACCUGCAAGUCAGCCAGUUUAAAAACGUUAUCUUUGAAAUCAAUCCAACAGAAGAAGUUGGAGACUUUGAAGUGAAAGCCAAAUUCAUGGGAGUCCAAAUGGAGACGUUUAUGUUGCAUUACCAGGACCUGCUGCAGCUCCAAUAUGAGGGCGUUGCAGUCAUGAAAUUAUUCGAUAGAGCGAAAGUAAACGUCAACCUUCUGAUCUUCCUCCUCAACAAAAAGUUCUACGGGAAAUAGUCGACCACUUGCUGCCGGCCCAGAAGGAUGAAGGAAAGGCGCUCCCCCUGGCUACCUUCCCAGGGCCUCUCAAAGGCCCAGCCCACAAGUAAUGCCUCAAUUUGACAGACUCCCAGGGCCACAUUCCUAACUCCUCCCACUUUGAGGGGGCAUUUAUUACCCUUUUUUCAUUGUGAAAUUGUAUUUUAGGCUUAGUCUGGCCCUUCCUGUUCCUUCAUUUUCUUCUGUCACUUAAGAAAGAGUGGAAACUCCGCUAAAGUCUGUGUUGGGCUCCGAGGUUGCAUUACUAUAUUGUAGGCUUUGGUGUUGUGUUAAUUAGCAAUAGGGAUGGUGGGGUUUGAAUUCUUGCUAUUUAGAAAUAGAAGCUGUUAGCACCAACAACAUAAGCACAUAUGAGACACAAUCAAAAUGUAGGGUUUUCUAUAGUUACUAGGUUUCCAAUUAAAAGUGAAGUUUAUGUUUCUGUCCCAUCAGGAAAAUUGAAGGACACAGGGGAUCAUUGGUCCUCUUCCGUUUUGUUCUCCUUUAUGGGCAGAAGCUAAUAAAAGUCACUGUCCUAUGUGCAGAGGAAACAUGCCUAGGAAAGGGAGGUAUUGGUUUUCAGUCUCACCCUUACCCUUGGACAGUUCUGUCAGAGUAACUCAUCAGUGGGUGGGAGAGUCCCACGGGUAAGAUUCAGCUCUUUGGGUAAUUCAGGACCGUCUGGUGCCUGCUUGUUUGUGUUGGGGACAAAUGGACUAGAUUCAGGAAGACAGCCCACCCUGUCCCUGUGGCAAAGGAAGGAGUUAGCCCUUGCGUAGAAUAUAAUUGUUUUCAGAACUGUUUUAUAUCUUAAGAGUGCCUUAUUAAAGUAUAGAUUUAUUUCUUAAAAUGUGGGUGAUAGGAAUUUUAAAGAUUUAUAUUAUGCUUCAAAAGCCUUUAAAAUACUGUAAGAAAAGGGUUUUUAAAAAUUGGCUUAUCUGUAUAUCUGAACUCUUAAAGCUUUCUUAGAGCUAAAACACUAGGAUUUAUCUGCAAGGUUGCAGAGAGAUAGGCCUGCCUUCAAUAGACUGAAACAAAAACAAACAAAACCAAGCAGUCGAUGUUACACUUGAUAUUAAAAUCUAUUUUUCCCCAUUGCUUACUCUUUUACUGCCCACAUUGUGCCAUCAUUCUGUGAGCUCCAGUUUUCUGGGUCUCAUCAAAAAACAACUGAGUUUUAAAAAUUGAUUUUAGGAAGCUUUUGUUCUUAGAUCGUGUACUUUAAAAAAAAUCUAUCCAGGAAAAUAUAUUGAAAUCAUGCUAUUGAGCCUCCAUUUUCUCUGAUGUUUUGGUUCAGUAUUUUUUAUCAUAAAACUUAAACUAACAUUUAAACAUUUACUGAUGUAUAUUUAAAGCUAAUAAACUGUUUCGCUAAUAACAGAUUAUGUGAUGUGUCCCUAAUACAAGUGCAAGUAUUGGAGACGUGUUUCUCACGCCAGUCUGCCCGGUCUCACGCACCAGUGCAGGUGUGACUGCCUGAGCGCACAGCCUCCAGGCGGCCCCCUCGCACGCGGGGGACAGGCUGCGAUGGGCAGCGCCAUGGCCAGAGUCUCACUGCCCUGACCUGGUUUUUUUGUUGUGUUUUGGAGAUAAUUUUUUGAUGCAGAUUUUCCUCAUAUUAAAAGAAGACACUGUCUCAAGCAGCAUCAACUCAGAAACUGAGACCAACGUGUCAGCCCUUUACCCUGAUACGCUUGUGAGGCCCCAAAGGCCACAUCCAUGGCAGACAAUGAGCAGAGUUUACAACUUUAAAAUCAGGAUGUUUCAACUAUUUGUCAGGAUUGUAGUUCCCUUGACCCGUCUCUAACGCAAAGUAGCACAAAAUGGACUUGGAGAACCUCGGUGGUAGCUGUGUAGAACUGGUGGUGACAGCAUGGGCAUGCCCCGGGGGGCACAGGCUGUGGCGUUGAAACCGUGUGGCUCUGACCACUGUUAUUUAUUCGCUCUAGCACUCUCUCAUCUCUCAGUUUCUCUGACCUUAGCUUGGAACAGCCAUCAUGACAUUUACCAUGACUUGACCUCCUCCCAGGAAUUUGGACUGCCCAUCAGAUGGCUGCUGCACACAGUUGCCUUUGUAUCUAUAUGAAAUAAAGGGUCAUUUGUUCAUGUUU